UACAAUAUUUAUGAAAUAUAUGUGAUAUUUAAUUUAAAGUCGGUUGUAGAAGAUCAGCAAAAUCAUUGCGAAAUAUGUGGUAUUCUUAUUCUAAAGAUAUUACCUAUCUUUGUUUAGGCAAUAUCAUACUCGUGCAUAUGUUAUUUAUGCAAAUGGGAAAGUGUGAACCGCCGAAAAUCUGUCCUAUUUACUGCAUUUGUAAUUUAAAGAAUAAUCUUAACCACGCCGAUUGCAGCUCCAAAUAUCUAAUAAGUGCAAAUACUGCUGUACCAUACCAAGUCGAGUCCUUGGAUUUAAGCUACAAUGAUAUUACCGUACUGGACAAUGCCAGCUUUCAGGGUUAUGUUCACCUCAAAAACCUAACGCUAGGGCACAAUGCCAUACACACCAUUUUCUUAGACACGUUUGUACCCUUGAAGCGCAUACGCGCUAUAGACCUCUCCUAUAAUCGUCUGGAGUUCAUCGAUCCGCGGCUUUUCGAGUCAAAUCGUAAGAUAGACACCCUCAACUUGGAGGGCAAUAAGUUUUUCUCAUUGGCCAAUGAACCAUUCUUACGUAGCAAAUCACUGCAGACACUCAAUUUGGCUAGUGCGCAGAUUAACGUACUUUUACCGGUACACUACCGUGCACUGCCGCAAUUGCAAGCUAUCGAUUUGACGCGUAAUCACAUCAUAACGAUCGAUAAGUUUGCCACACAAGCGCCAAAACAGUUACGAACGCUAAACUUAGAAGAAAAUAAUUUGAACUGUGAUCAAACUCUUCGCACAGCCAUUGAUCAAUUGAAGGUGCAAAAUGUUGAAGUCAUAUACAGCUACUGUCAAAACGCAGACACUCUAACAACGAUCAAAGGUGCACAAAAUAAAAAGCAAGAAUUUGAGCGUAUAGAGAUUAUGAAUGAGAGAUUAAUUGAUGGUUUAGCAAGCAUGGAAAAAGAAGAAGACGCAGGUGAUUCACAAGAGCACUUCGACGAUGCCAUUCGAAGAGGUGUACUCUCUGGCUGGCAUUCCACACUCGAUUCCGGGGAAGAUGUAGAUUAUUAUGCGGAUUUUGAUAUGUAUGAAAGCGAGGAGAAGGACUUUUCAGAGCUGAUGAACAAAACAUGUCGUCGUUGGUGUUACCAAAAUGGCUGUAGUAAAUCAUUUCCUAGGCAAACUUUCAACAACGCCAACUUUGGCACUGAGUACAGUGACCUCGAUUUUUUACUCGUUUUUAUUUGCGGGAAUGUCGUUGGUAUAGCAAUCACUGUCUUAAUCGGUAGCUGUAUUAUUUGCAUUUGGCGUUGCACCUCUUUAAAGGCGAGAAACAUGAUGCAAGUGGAAGAUCCGUAUGGCUCGCGCUUUGCUGUAGCGCGUCAAUCACUGAUAUCACCUCAACCUGCGUUAAGUACAGCAGUGGACGCAAUUCGAAGACCUUCAGCACAAGCGUCAGAGCCAGAGCAAGAAAAUAUUCCAGUUGUUUUGCCGCAACCGCCGCGUCGUCGUCGCCAACCGUCACGUCAACGCACUGUGGUACGUUAUGAUCAGCUGGCGCGAACGGGCGGAGGUAAUUUCAUAUCACAACUUUUUGGCAGACCUGCACGACACCAGUACUAUCGCACUAUAAAUGAGAACACGGCGAAUUUGAUUCGUCGCCUCAGUCGCAGUAAUCUUUUUAAUAAUAGACUGAGUCAGCACUUUGGGGAUCGUGAAAGCAGCGCCACAAAUUCUUCAUCUAACGCACCUGACAGCCCCGAUGGUGCUAGCGUACCUAGUGCAACACGAACGCCUCAUCGCCGAAGGCCAGAGACACCUCCGCCUUUAUAUAGUGAAGUAGUGCCCAAAAGUACUGUUUAAAUUUAUUACAUUUCUUUAAGUGAAACUUUUUAGCGGCGAUUGAGAGUAAAUUAGCAAAUGCAACAUAGUAUUAAUUUAACAGAAACGAAGUAAUAGCCCGAUUGUAGAUAAGAUUUAGAUUAAGGCUAAUAAAGGAACGAACGUAGAGGUGAAGGUACAUAGAUGAAGAAAAGGAUAAAGGCAAAGGUAAAAAUAAAAACAAAGUUGCGUAAAAAUUAAGGCCAAAAUGAUUAUCAAGGUAAAUUUAAACACUCAGGUGCACGUUAAUAUGUAGAUGACAAAAAGAAUAUAAAGAUAAAAAAAUGAUAAAUACAAGGAAAAAUACGAGGUUGAGGAUAACGAUAAAAAUAAAGAUAAAGGUUAAUAAGAUUCAGUUAAAGUAAUUAUAAACAAAAUGAUAUCGAUAGAGAGACAGAUAUAUUAAAGAUAGAACUCACCAUUUUUACAUCACAUCACACCUGAACUUACCACGCCUUAAUUUCCCACACCUUAACUCACCACACCCCUCCUAAACUCAUCACACCCGAACUCAACACACUCAGUUUCACCACAUCACAUCACUUGACAUUACAUCACAUAGCAUGACAUCACAUGACAGUGACAUCACAUGAUAUGACAUCACAUGAUAUGGCAUCACUUCACAGCACAUGACCUAACACGACUUGACAUCACACGAAAUGGCAUCACAUGACAUGACAUCCUACCGCAACACAUCACAUUCUAUCACAUCACUCCACAUGGAAUCGCAUUACAUAUAUUACAUCACAUAAAAUCACAUCACAUCACAUUACAUAACAUCUUAUCACAUAAUCCCACUGCACAUCAUCUAGGUGAAUAUGUAGAUGAAGAAAAGCAAAGAUGAAAAUAAAAAAAUAAACGAAUAAAGCCAAGGAUAAAGAUAAUACUAACUAGCCUGUCGUUUUAUUAAAAAUUUCAAAUCAAUAAAAUACGUUUAU